AGAUAGCGCAGCAGUGCUGUGAGUAGAACCGCAGGUCGAGGUCUCCUCACGUUGGAUGCCUAGAAAAACCAUUCCCGUGAAACAAUGAAGCUGAGAAAACACGCCUGUGAUCUAAACAGAGCUGAUCAUCGAGUGUGAGCCGGAGACACGAAGACACGGGGUCAGGGUGCACACCGGAGCACUCGAAGGUCUGCCAUAGAGCAUCUCUACGAAGAUAUCCACAGCUUUGAUGCAGCACAGUGUUGAAAUAAAUCCAAGAUGACGGAAGAGGUGAUUGUCAUCGCCAAGUUUGAUUACAUGGCCCAGCAGGACCAGGAGCUGGACAUUAAGAAGAACGAGCGUCUCUGGCUCCUGGAUGACUCCAAGUCCUGGUGGCAUGUACGAAAUGCUACCAACAAGACCGGUUUCGUGCCAUCUAACUACGUCGAACGAAAGAACAGCGCAAGGAAAGCCUCAAUCGUCAAGAACCUCAAAGACACUUUAGGGAUCGGCAAGGUGAAACGGAAAACAGGCAUGCGUGAAACAGCCUCCAACGCCGACUCUGACUUGUGUCCAGACAAUAGUGAACGUCUGUAUGACCUAAACCUUCCUGCGCUUGUCAAAUUCAGCUACACGGCUGAGCGGGAAGAUGAGUUGUCGUUGGUUAAGGGCACAAGGGUCAUCGUUAUGGAGAAGUGCAGUGAUGGCUGGUGGAGGGGGAGCUACAAUGGCCAUUCGGGAUGGUUCCCGUCCAACUACGUGACAGAGGAUGCAGAUGGAUCGGCGAGCAACGACUCUGCCGGCUUGUCCGAGAAAUCGGCUGCUGUUGUUCAUAGUGUGAACGGCAACCGGGUGCUGCACACAGUACAGGCUCUCUACCCAUUCAGCUCGGGCAACGAUGAAGAGUUGAACUUUGAGAAGGGGGAGGUUAUGGAUGUUGUGGAGAAGCCAGAAAACGACCCAGAGUGGUGGAAGUGUCGCAAAGCCGAUGGGCAGAUGGGACUUGUUCCAAAGAACUACGUGACUGUUCUGGAGGAGUCGCACAACUCGGCCAGCAUGGUCGGGCCGCCCACACCUGACUGUGACUACAUUGAGCCUUCAUCCAGUGGACGUUUUGCUGGCAAGCAGUGGUACUAUGGGAAGGUGACGCGUCAUCAGGCAGAGGUGGCACUCAACCAGAGGGGCACAGAGGGAGACUUUCUUAUCCGGGACAGCGAGUCCUCACCCAAUGACUUUUCAAUAUCGCUGAAAGCUCAGUCCAAAAACAAGCAUUUCAAAGUCCAAAUGAAGGACAACCUGUACUGCAUCGGACAACGCAAGUUUAACUCAAUGGAGGAGUUGGUGGAACACUACAAAAAGGCACCCAUCUUCACCAGCGAUCAGGGUGACAAACUCUACCUGGUCAAGGCUCUGGCUGCCUCCUGAUCCAAGUAGAAAGAAUAUCAAGUUAACAAUGACUACACUUCCAGACAGACAGACUGGGAAUAUCAAGCAUUCCAAGAAAGGGAGGUACUGGGAGAGACAGACAAUGGACUCCCGUUCAUUUGCUCGGAAAAAUGCUUGAAUUUCAUUGAGGGACACGCCCAAUGUAUCAAAAUACAGUAUGUUUAGACCAUAGGUGAUAAAGUGUAUUUUGAUGUCAACAUGUAUUAGAAUUACAACCUAGGUCGUCUUUUGUUAAUAUAUAUUCUUUUCAUUCAUUCUUUAACUUCCUUGUCCUUUCAAGUUUCUGCUAUUGAAGUCCUGACUGAGGAGAACUUUUCUCAACAUUUUUGAGAGGUCUUACCUACGGUGUUACUGCCUGCAAAUGCCUGAACCACACGGAACUGUUGAAAUUGAUGUAAUCUGCUAUAUUUAUUAGGAAUCAAUAUUUCUGCAAUAUGCACCAACAAUUAAAGUGAGUGACCAAAACCAAUAUUCCGAAUUAGGCACAAUGAUUUUGGGAUUAAUCUUGAACUAUAGUCUGCCAAUUGCAUGUUUCCAACAUUAAAUCAAGCUUGAGGUCUCGUUUAGGAUAUAUACAUCUGUAUUUAUGAGGGGUAACAUUUCUUAAGUUCUGCUUCCCUGACAAUCAAGGUUCUUAUGAUUGUGGUUUGUUAGCUAGCUUUAACAAUAGAGUCCUACAUUUAUUCAGACAUCUUGAAACUGUCAGAAACCAUGCCAUGCUAUAAUAUGAUGCGUCUCCGCUUUCUCAAAGUGCUUAGCUGUGAUUAAUGACUUCUACUAGACAUUUAUUUGAAUAUGGGAGCUUGUGCAAGAUUUGCAGAUCUUCAUUGGAGCCUGAAUUUCAAUGCCAUGACUGAAGAUUAAAGAAAAUUAAACCACAUUUGUGUACACAAUAGGUAUUUUAUGAUUCAGUGUUUUACUAAUAAAAACUGCCUUUCAUGAACAAGGCUGCCAUCGCAUUACAAUUGUUGUAAUGGGUAUGGUUUUUGUUAUUGAUGGUGGGGGAGGAUUGGUAUAAAGAUUCAUCAGGUGUUUGUCUUUUCUUUGUUUGGCACUCAUUUGGUUGCACACUUUCUCAAAUGAGCUUAUGUAUUGUAAUGUAGCGGAUGAAUGAAAAUGUGUCGGCAUGAAGGCAGCAUUGUGAACUCAGGUUUCAAGGAAGUAUCCACUUUGCUUGGCGAUCAAGAUCCACAGUGCUGCUUCCUUUUAUUUUUUCCAACAGUUUAUGAUAAACGGAGAGAGACGUUCCAUUGAGCAUCAGAGGUUUAUGUAAAACUUCAUAGAUAAGUAUGUUUGCUGCACCAGGCAAUGGGAAAGACACUUCCCUGGACAUGUCUCUGUUUCAAGUUGGAAAAAUGGGGAAGUUUCUUUUCUGAAGACUUAUGAGUAGGGUGAUGAUCUGGGCUCUUCUCCAGGGGACCAUCACUAUGACUAUAAUUACUUGUCCAGCUGUUCGGAGCUGGACUGGGGCGAGAGUUGAGGAAUGAGGAUUGUUUUUUGGGAGUGGGGUCGCUGAGACAUGCAAGUACUUGUUGGAAAAUAUCUACCAAGAACCUAUGAGAUCAACCCUACUAACAAAUUGUAGGUUUUGAUCAACCAGUUGAGAUUCACUUGUUUUGGAUGAGGGAUUUCUUAGAUAUUUAGUCAUAUCACAGUUUGUGCUUUAAAAUGUGCCUUCAUCUCAGUUGUUGGAGCCAAAGUUUUGGUGUCCGUCUACACUAUUAUAAGAUUGUUAUUUGAGUAUCGCUUUGCAUGUGCGUAAUACACCCCUGAUAAGUGACUGGAGUGCACGGACCAUGUCCUGGUCAUACAAACAUCCACGUUGAGGAACUUAUGAUUUGUCUCCUGACUGAAGUGACCUUACCAUAUAGACCAGGGGUGUCCAAUCCUUCUCCUGGAGGGGCCAGUGUCCAACAGAAUUUAGCUCCAACCAGCUUCAACACACUCGAGUUGGAAGACCUGGAAGUAAGUUUUAUUAAGGCUGGAACUAAAACUUGCAGGACAGUGGCCCUCAAAGAACUGGUUUUGGCACCCCUGAUAUUGACCUUAGGGUAAAAGCCAUAUUCAAGUUCAAGGGGUUAAACCAGGAGUGUUCAUUUCUGCAGUGUUUAGCUCCAAUACACUUGCUGGAAAUUCCUAGUAAUCCUGACGGUCUUGAUUAGCUGGUACAUAUGUGUUUAAUUCUGCAAGAAGUUGGCCAUCUAAGACAGUGUUUCCCAAUCCUGGUCCUGGAGAACCCCCAACACUCUCUCUUAUCUGACAAAUAUUGGAAGUCUUGGGAGUCUUUACUAAUGAGCUGAUGAAUUGAAUCAACUGAGAGACAUCUAAAAUGUGAAUUUUUUGGUUCUCCAGGAUUGGGAACCACUGAAAGGGUGGGAUUGGACACCCUUCAGUGAGCAAAAAGAGUAUACCUGUCAGCUUAUGAGGUAGCUAUAAACUGAAAGAGGUACUUUAUUAAUCAUGCAGACUCAGUUAGCAGUUUUUUUUUUACCUGUCAAUUAUUUUGGGAACAUGGUGGUUUUCAGUGAUUUUGAACUGUUUAUACUGAAAAAAAUCUUUUAGAUCCAUCCAAGCUUUGAAUUAUGUGGCACUGUAAUUGUUGUGGCUAAAAUGUCAUUAAAUUGUUACAAAAGAAUGAAUUCUUAAUUCAGGCCCCUUGAUCUUCUACUGAAAAGCAAACAUAGUUGCUGUUGUGGGCUGAAUGGACCAGUUUUACGGAGUAACCUCAUUUUAUCUGAACUGUAAGUGAACCGUUUCUAUAAAUGGGCCUGGAGGUGAUGAGAAAAUCAAAUGUAGUUGUGUGCUCAAGAUGAAACUCCUCCUUGUAUGUAAGAGGAGUUUAUCAGACUGUACAAAGGAAGAAAUAAACUACAUAAAUCAA